AUGGUUGCAGACGAUAAGCCAGCCUCCACCUUCAAGUACUCCGAGAAGCCAUUCUACACCACCUCCAAUGGAUGCCCUGUUGAGAACCCAGAGGCUUUCCAGAGAGUUGGAAACAAUGGCCCUCUUCUACUUCAGGAUUUCCACUUGAUUGAUUUGCUGGCUCAUUUCGAUCGUGAGCGUAUCCCAGAGCGUGUCGUCCACGCAAAGGGUGCUGGUGCUUAUGGAGAAUUCGAAGUCACACACGACAUUACCGACCUUACUUCCAUUGACAUGCUUAGCAGCGUCGGCAAGAAGACUGCCUGCGUAGCUCGAUUUUCAACUGUUGGUGGUGAGAAGGGUUCUCCAGAUACAGCCCGUGAUCCACGUGGAUUCGCGGUCAAGUUCUACACAGAUGAGGGUAACUGGGAUUGGGUCUACAACAACACUCCAGUCUUCUUCCUUCGCGACCCUACCAAGUUCCCUCUCUUCAUCCACACACAAAAGAGAAACCCACAAACCAACUUGAAGGAUGCCACUAUGUUCUGGGAUUAUCUCUCUACUCACCAAGAGGCUGUCCACCAGGUCAUGCAUCUCUUCAGUGAUCGUGGAACUCCAUACUCUUACAGACACAUGAACGGAUACUCUGGACACACUCACAAGUUCACCAAGCCAGAUGGAUCAUUCGUCUACGUUCAGAUCCACUUGAAGACCGACCAAGGCAGCAAGACAUUCAACAACGAGGAGGCAGGAAAGAUGGCGUCUGAGAACCCAGAUUGGAAUACCCAGGAUCUAUUCGAUUCUAUUCAAAAGGGCGAAUAUCCAUCUUGGACAGUCUAUGCCCAGGUUCUUACCCCAGAGCAAGCCGAGAAGUUCCGCUGGAACAUUUUCGAUUUGACCAAGGUCUGGCCACAAAAGGAAGUCCCACUGCGACCAUUCGGAAAGAUGACACUCAACAAGAAUGUUGAAAACUACUUUGCCGAGAUCGAGCAGGUCGCAUUCUCUCCAUCCCACUUGGUGCCAGGUGUUGAGCCUUCCGCUGAUCCAGUUCUCCAAUCUCGUCUUUUCUCUUACCCAGAUACCCACCGUCACCGUCUCGGUGUCAACUACCAACAAAUCCCAGUCAACGCUCCUCUUCGCGCAUUCAACCCAUACCUCCGAGAUGGUACCAUGGCCGUCAACGGUAACUACGGAGCCAACCCUAACUACCCAUCUUCAUACCGUGGCAUGACCUACAAGGCCGUCAAGCCAACCAACCAACACGAGCAAUGGGCCGGAGCAGCAGUAUCCUUCCUGUCUGAAGUCACACCUGAAGACUACGUCCAAGCCAAGGGUCUCUGGGACGUUCUCGGCCGCACUCCCGGCCAACAGGAUAACUUCAUCGGUAACGUGUCUGGUCACUUGAGCGCCGCGAAGGAAGAUACCCGUCAACGUACAUACGAGAUGUUCUCGAGAGUUGACAAGGAGCUUGGUGCUAAGAUUGAGGAGGCCACCGAGAAGUUGGCACCUGCACCUACUAGCCAGGCUGCUGGUAGUGCUCAAUCCCGUCUUUAG